CAUUGAUAUAAGGUAGAGAAAAGUGAAAGUGAAGAUGGGAUUUGGUGUGGGAGGUUAUGUGGGAAUUUUGUUGGGAUUAAUAAUGGUUGUGAAAUGGGGAUUGAAGAAUAUGAAUGCAUGGAUAUACGAGAGGAAGUUAGGGAAGAAGAAGAGGGAGAGUCUGCCACCAGGUGAUUUGGGUUGGCCUUUCAUCGGAAACAUGUGGUCUUUUCUUCGAGCUUUCAAGUCCGGCGAUCCGGAUUCAUUCAUCUCGGCCUUUCUUCACAGAUAUGGGCCGAACGGAAUAUACAAGUCAAUGAUGUUUGGUAGUCCUAGCAUCAUCGUGACAGUACCUGAAGUAGUUCGAAAAGUGUUGUUGGAUGACGAUUCGUUCAAACACGGGUGGCCUAACUCCACGAUUGAAAUCGCGGGAAGAAAAUCAUUUAUUGGAAUCUCUUACGAAGAACACAAAAGACUUCGUAGGUUGACUAAAACACCAAUCAACGGUCACGAAGCCUUGUCUAUCUACAUCCCCUACAUCGAGACCAAUGUGGUCUCGGCAUUGGAAAAAUGGUCAAAAAUGGGCCGAAUAGAGUUCUUGACCGAACUCAGAAGGCUGACUUUUAAGAUAAUCAUGUAUAUCUUUCUAAGCUCGGAGAUUGAACACUUAUUGGAGGCCUUAGAGAAAGAGUGCACUAUUCUUAAUUAUGGCCUUAGAGCCAUGGCCAUCAAUAUUCCUGGAUUUGCAUAUUGUGAAGCACUUAAG